CUGUCAUUUGGACCGACAUGGCUUCACGGGCUGUUCUUGUGUCGUGAAUAGAAGAGCAGUUUGGACGUAAAUCACAAACUGCAACGUUAAGAGCAGACUGCGUAGGUGGAUCCUGUGGCGAGCUUUGUGUUACCCUGCACAUGUAGUAGAUAAUUCACACCUGUAGCCUGAAGGCUGCACUGCAACAAUGCCAGAGUCCUCCCCGGUCAAGGACAUUCACGGCAACUCCGCUGAAUGUAGAACAUCCCCCUUGAGGCAGCUUAGCCAAUCAUCGCUGCCAGUUCACAGAAACUCCUAUGUGCUCAGUACCUUCUGCACAGAGCACAAUGUGCAAGAAUGUCUAUCACACAUCAAUCAGGAGGUGUCAUCUCUUGGCCUCCCACCAGUUUGGACGGAGUUGGCCGACAGCUCAGACCUAAAUGUUGUGGCAGUGCUAAAUUGCAUGUAUGACCUGAUUCAGCUGCAUCGCAGGGGCGUCCGAAACCUGGAAAACAUGGAAGUGGAGCAGCUAAAGUCCAGCAGCAAUGUGGACUACCUGCAGCUCACCAGCACUCGGUUAAAGGAGCAGCUUGAACUUUCCAAAAGAGAAAACACAGGUCUCCUUGAGAAAGAACGGCAGCUACAGCAGAAAGUGAAAAGUUUGCAGAACUGCCUGAAGAAUGAAAAAGAAGAGGUGCAAAAACUUCAGAAUAUAAUUGCAAGUCGUGCCAGUCAGUACAAUCAUGAAAUGAAAAGGAAGGAAAGGGAAUUUAACAAAUUGAAAGAACGUCUGAAUCAACUUCUGGUUGACAAAAAGGAGAAGAAACAAGCCAUUGAUGUAUUAAACAGAAUCGGAAGAGCUGAUGGGAAGAGAAGCCUUUGGAAAACUGAAAAGACAGAGGCAAAGCACGAAGGGGAGAUGUAUAAAACCCUGUUGAGUGACUAUGACACUCGACAGAGGGAGCUGGUGCUGGAAAAUGCAGAGUUGAGGAAAGUGUUACAGCAGAUGAAAAAAGACAUGGUGUCCAUUUUAAGUUCAAGGAAACUGACUCUGAAAGGGGAUAAACAUGAAGAUGGUUGCAUACAGGCUGACUCAGAGGAGGAGGAUGAAGUGUUUGAUUCCAGUAAGGAAAGUGUAGAGCUGUAUUGUGUUCACGCCCGGGAGAAGCUGACCAACAGUAUUCGCCUCCAGUGGAGAAGACUCAAGAGCCACGUAGAAAGGCUGGAUAGCCAAGCAUCUUUGUCACAGAUGGGUGAGAGUAAAAAUUCUGAUGCUGUUCCUCGAGAGACUCACGAGGAAGAGAUGGACAGACUAAAGCUGGAGAUCCAGCAGUGCAAAGAUUUUAUUCAAACUCAACAGCAGCUGCUGCAGCAGCAGCUCAGCUCUCCAUGUGAUGAGGAGACAGCAUCCCUGCUGAGCGACUGCUACAUGUUGCAGGAGAAAGAGCGCCUCGGGGAGGAGUGGAAGACUCUAGAGGAGCAGAGAAAGAUCUUUGAGAGGGAGAGGAGGAACUUUACAGAAGCAGCCAUAAGACUGAGCCAUGAGAGAAAGGCCUUCGAGGAGGAUCGUGCGACGUGGCUCAAACACCAGUUUUUAAACUUGAGUCCGUUUGCAGACACAAAGAAAUCCCCGAUGUCAAAGUCGAAAAGUGCCUUUUUAAUAUCAGCAGAAACGGAGGCCAGUGCAGCGUCGCCUCCACGAAAACUCAUCAAAUCCCCAUCUGACACGACCUCCCCCACACACAGAUGUGUCCCACUCACAUCACCAUCAACAGCUGACUUGUGUCACACACUUUGCCUUAUCCCAGAAAAGAGCUCAACCAAACCAAAGACAAAGACUGAGCAUGCAGAGGAAUCAGACAUCUUCUGUAACGGGAAUGUUCCCGUUCAGCACAAACGGUGGGACAACAGUAAAGACCACAGCAGCCACACACUUACAAGUGAAAAAAAUAGCUCUAUAUGAAGCCAAAAACUGAAGCAGGAUUUAUGUGAAUGUCCAUGAAUUAUGGAUUAUGUGUGACAUUUCAGAACUAUGCCUGAAGGGUGAACGCUGAACAACUUGAAGCUAGAUUGUAAAAUUAUUAAAUAGCUGUUAACAGUCGAAGCCAAACAAGAGUUGUGGUUCGUUGAUGGUGUUCUGUGAGACUGAGAGAGAAUUUGUAAUCUAAACAUUUCUUUUGUAUUACCUCACGGUUUUAUUGUUAGAUUAUGUGAUAAAUUUAUUUAUUUAUUUAUUUAUAUUGUACUGUAAAUCUUGUUUGGGAAGUCAUGUCUCAUGUCUAGCAACAUCUUAGUCCGAGGGUUAUAUUUUUUGGCAACGCAGGUAUGCAACAAAAGAUGUCGCUCAUCCGUGCUUAUUGGCUGAUGCUGCAACUAAAGUAACCCAUAAGUUGGCAUUUAUAUCUCUAAGUUUUAAGUUAUCAUGUUAAACUUGUCAACUGUCACAGAUUUUGAGAAUGUAGAUUUAAUGCUGCUGUUUCACUGAAUGCAACAAGAAACUGGUAAAAUAUGGAUUAUGUUUCUGUAGUUUUAUUAUAGAAAUGUGGCUGAUUAACAACAUUGCUUUCUUGUAAAUGUUGCAUUUACAUUAGUAGUCGGUCAUGUAUGAGUUCAAUAGGAAGAAAGGUUUGUGAAAUGGAAGGUAAAUUUAACAAAUUACAUAAUGUGUAGGAGAUACUUAAUGUAGACAACUUAAGAUGUCAAUAUGAAUAUUUUUUAUGAAUGUGUUUAUCUUAGUGGCUUUAUAUUGACAGAUCAAACUAAUUCUUCCACCAAGAAUGUAUCAUGAUGUAUUCUAGACAAUCUUGAAACAUUCAUUAUACAUUGUUGAAACAUUU